AUGCAACGUUUUGUUGACGACGUCCUCGCUGUUACUAAAGAGUCGGUGAAGACGUUUACUUACGAGUCCUUGAACAAUAUUGUGAGGUUGAUCAAUGGUGUUUCCGCUCUUCUGUUGACACUGCUUCCUGGGAAAGCUACUAUACUUGAAGGUAUUCAGGGUUGGGAGCUAAGGCCAACUUUUCGUGGACCACGGUUCCCACGUUGGAUGGAAAAUGGUGUGUCCUCUUUCAACCAGUUUAUUCAUGAGCUUUCUGUGGAUUCUGAUGUAUCGAGCCUGGAAUACUCAUCUGGAGAAGAAGACCGUGAUGGGUAUGAAGAAUAUCCUGAAUCUCCCUCAUCUCAAAGUUCUAGAGUCUCGAGGGCUAGUUUUACUGAUUAUGAUAGGGAACAGGUGGAUUGGAUUCAGUAUAUCUUACUUUGGAUUUUGGUUCCUAUAAAGCUUUUGCUGGGGAUUCCAUUUCGUCUUUUCCAAUUAGCUUGUUCCGGGUGGUCAAAACCAUUGUCUAUCUCUGGAAGUCAACACCCUACACAAUCACAUUCACAUAAUCGAGUGCAAAGCCUCAAGGACCAAAUUAUCCAUCGUACUACUGAUAGGAGACGUGGGGUCAUAGAGGAUCUCCAUUUGGCCAUGGAGAUAUUUAUAGAAGCUGUGUUUGAUGUUGUUCACAAGGCAGCACAUCUUCUUCUUUCCCCAUCAGAAGCUUUGGGAACAUUAUUCAGGUUGUUUUCAUCUCAUGAAAGAGGUGUUGUUGAGGAUAACGAUGUUUUUGAGGAUGCCUCCAUCUCUACAGCUACACUUGGAGAGAAUGACCCAACACCUACGGCGAGGAAUACCAAUUUUCGUCAGUCUUUGAACACGGAUGCCAGGACAUGUCAAGAUGUCAUAACAGAGCUUGGGUAUCCAUAUGAAGCUAUUCAUGUGAUCACUACCGAUGGAUAUGUUCUUCUUUUGGAAAGAAUACCUAGGCGAGAUGCACGUAAAGCUGUUUAUCUUCAGCAUGGAGUUUUGGAUUCGUCCAUGGGAUGGGUAUCUAAUGGUGUUGUCGGAUCUCCAGCUUUUGCAGCCUAUGAUCAAGGGUAUGAUGUAUUUCUGGGAAACUUUCGUGGUUUGGUUUCUAGGGAACAUGUCAACAAGAACAUCUCCUCACGUGAAUACUGGCAGUACUCCAUUAAUGAACAUGGAACUGAGGAUAUUCCUACUAUGAUAGAGAAAAUCCAUCAAGUAAAAACUGCUGAGCUGAGGCUUAGUAAUCCUAAUAUUGAGGAGGAACUUAAUGAUGAUCAGCUUUACAAGCUUGGUGCAAUUUGUCAUAGUUUGGGAGGAGCUGCUAUGUUGAUGUACAUUAUUACGCGGAGGAUAGAAGCGAAACCCCAUAGACUUUCAAGAUUGAUUUUGCUAUCACCUGCUGGUUUUCACCAUGACUCUAACCUAGUUUUUUCUGUGGUGGAGCAUGUAGUAUUUUUUAUGGCUCCUAUUUUAUCUCGUGUGUUCCCAGCCUUCUAUAUCCCAACCAGAUUUUUCCGUAUGCUUGUUAACAAGUUAGCUCGGGACCUGCAAAACCUACCUGCAGUUGGAGGAUUGGUUCAAACUUUAGUAGGUUAUGUUGUUGGUGGAGACAGCUCAAAUUGGGUUGGAGUUCUAGGAUUACCACAUUACAACAUGAAUGACAUGCCAGGAGUAUCUUUUGGUGUUGCUUUCCAUCUUGCACAGAUAAAGCGUACUAGAAGAUUUAGAAUGUUUGAUUAUGGGAGUGUAUCUGUUAAUAUGGAAGUGUAUGGUUCCCCUGAGCCUUUGGACUUGGGUGAACACUACGGGCUUAUCAACAUUCCUGUUGAUCUAGUUGCAGGUCAGAAAGACACAGUGAUACGAUCUUCAAUGGUAAAGAGACACUAUAAAUUGAUGAAGGAUGCUGGCGUGGAUGUGUCAUAUAAUGAGUUCGAAUAUGCUCACUUGGACUUUACCUUCUCCCACCAUGAAGAACUUUUGUCAUAUGUUAUGUCACGUUUGCUGCUUGUGGAGCCCAAUUCAAAGCAUCAAGCAAAUCAAAGAGCUGUAAGAUCGAGGAAGAAAGGACAGGUUUCAGUGAGUUGGUAGACUACGAGAUAAUCUAUACCGUAUCAUUUCCUUCUGGUGUAUUUUUGCUGCGUGUCAUACACUGCCGGAUGGAGCUGUACAUACCUGUCUGAUUACAUAACUGCUCUAAACAUGCGCCAUCUCUUUCUUCAAAUCUGCUGUCCGUCUUUUCCUUUUGGAAAAAAAAAAAAAGAGUUCAAAUGUUGGAAUACAUUGUAAAAUAGUGUUAACUCCGAUAGAGAGGAAAACAAGGCCGUCAGAGAAAAUAGUUUUGUUGUUGUGUGUAAGUAGUAAAUCAAUAGACCUUUGUGGAAAUUAGUGGUGAUUUCCUGAGGUUCACAAAUUGGGGAG